UCCCGUCUACACAAGCAAACACUUCACAGGUCUUUUUUAUCUGUCCCAUCCUCCUGAAACUGGGAAUGGAGGAAAAAGAUCCUUCGACAAAGGUUUGGACGAAGAAGAGAAAAAUGUUUUCUGGUAUCUGGUGUUCUUAAGUUCUCAAUGUGUCAAGGCAAAAACUAUUAACUCCCACUAAUGCGACCCUCCUCGGUUGGACUAAAAGUUUUCUUUUCCGGUUGCGGUUUCGAAUUUUUGUGGUUUUUUAGCCGGCAAAGAAGAAAACUUUUCCCAAGUGCGACCCAUGCCAAAGGUGGCAGGCGGGAUUUUCCCUCUCGGCUUCGCCGCUGGCUUUCCUUGGCGGCUACUCCGCAAGGAACCCAGGCUAAAACUAAUAAAUUUUGUUUUCUUGCGUCACACUGGUUUUCCGAGUGCGACCAUCUGUUUAUUUGUAAAAUGAAUCUCUUGACUAUAUAUUUGGGCAGGGUUCAUAACAGAGAGUAUCACGGCCAGCAACAAGCAGCGCAUGCUCAACAAAGUCUUACUCGAUUCAUGUAGUCGCUUCAAUGUUUUAAAUUUCCCUCGUUCGCAGAAAUGGAAUAAGUACCAGAAAGGCUCUGGUAGCAGGGUGCUAGUCUUCUUGCAGGAAUUUUGGAACCCAAGCUACAGCAGUGUAAUGGUGCGGUCGCAAAAAAAAUUGAAGCAACAACACAAUUUUUUAUGAAGAAAGUGACUUAUUCACAAUUAUCCCCCACAUCAUGUGGAAACAAUUUUUGUCGCGUCUCCACGUCCUGUACUUUGUGUCCUAGUGAGUCACAAUUUACGUCUCAACGUCCCGUACUUCACGUCCCCAAGUUCCAUACUCGACGCCCGUUUGGGACUCCAACAUGGCCGCCAUUUCAUUGUUUUGGGGCACCAAUAUGGUCGCCGUGACGUCAUGUGAAAACACUCUAUUAAGGACCCUUACGAAAUUAGAACGGCAAUAGGUUUAGUUAGCUAAAGAACAACUCUGCACGUGCAUCACGCUUUUUUGAAGAUUUCUUUGCCGUCUCUGCACAACUACGACGUAAAAUGAACAAAUUUUAAGAUUUUUUAAGGACGGGAAAGACAAGGCGAUAAAUUCUACCAUCUCUGUCUGAACUCGGGUGCGGCCCCCUAUCUUCAGUUCCAGCCUAAAUUCCUUUCUUUUAAGUAACAGGGCGACUUGGGUUAAUCGCGAAAUGGUUUGAAAGGAUGCGGAGUCUAUUUUUCAGUGAUAUUUUCAUGGAAGUCGCCAAGGUCUCUAUUGACAGUUCCAUUUCUAAGCACAGGAUAAUCAAAUCUAAAACACAAACAGUGGUGAAAAACAUAGGGAACUUUUGCACUUUUAUAUAAACUUAACGUUUCCCUCUAGUCAACGUACGGCAAUUUUAAAAGUUAUUAAAAGUGAUCGUCACAGAUUAUAAUGAAAUUUUUUAUACAAAAUUGACAAGGUGUCUGGGAAUGAGAUUAAGAAAAUUCUCAAAAAUGAAAUUGUAACUUUGUAUAAAUAGUUUCAUCAUAAUCUGUAAUUGUCUCUUUUGAUCAUUUUUGAAAACGUAUGUUGACUAGCAUAGGACUGAGAAACGUCAAGUUUACACAUAAAAAAUGUGAACGUUCAGAAUGCUUAUGAUCACCGCUGCUUGUGUUUCACUUUUGAUUAAGCUAUGAUGGACCAAGAACAAAAGUCUUCAGGCUUAGCAUACUAUUUUGAGUUAAAAAAAAGUGUCAUUUUCAAGGAAACUCUUAAUAUGUUGUAUGAUUUUUUUUAGUUAAAGACGCGAUGAAAACAUUGUUGAUUUUGGCUGUAAUAAUUCUGGGCGUGUUUUCGCGUAAGUAUGAUUAACCCUUCAUUGUAUUUUAGAGAAUAAUAUAGAAGCAUUUUACCCCAACCAAUAUACUUGACUGUACCCUUCUUAACAAACACUUCCGUUAUUUCCGAGGAAGAAACAGCCAAGGCAUUUUAACGGUUUUUUUCGCAUUAAGCUUUAAUUAUUCUCUGUUAAAAAUAAAGUAACCUCGUUAAUGCGAUCAUAAACGUGGUCGUAUCAAAACGAAUUUUGUCUUACCUUUAGACCGAAAGAAUAUAGUCCUAAUCACGAGGUAUUCGUUUUAUGGGUAAUAGCAGAAGCUUGCCGCCGGGACACUAAAAACUGGAAAAAGGAAAUAUGAUCACAUUUCCACAACCUUUAGAGAACUUGUCUGGGUGGCUUGCAAAAAAAGACAUAUCCCUGCUUCGUGAUGUAUCCAUGGUUUUCUUAAAUUUUACAUUGCCUUGCUGCAAGUUACUCUGAGCCCAUGUUGGUUAUGUGUUGGUCCUUAGCUUCAAAGCGAGCACCAAAUAUAGAACACAACCAAAAAAACGAAUCAUCUUACAAGAACGUCAGCAAAAGGUUUUCUGAGUAUGCGGUAUUAUAUAUCAGCGGUACUGAACACCACCUCAUAGUAUCACAGGUUAAGCGCUUUAACACUGAAAAUCCACAGUCACAAUACAACAGAAAGGUGAACGAUCACUUGAACACUGCAUUCAGGAGAAUCUAGGCAGCACAGAGAUCAUUUUUCUAUCGAUCAAUAGCAUCAUGGAAUAACGUUAAACGAAGACACCAAGAACAGUAUGAACAUUGAUCUUUUCAAACGUCCUGCCAGUAGGGAAUUUUAGGCAUCUUUACUUUGACUUAAUGUUUUUAAGAUUAUAUUGAUCGUUGCAGUACAUCUUUAUGAUACUUAGUAUUUAUAGAUAUAAUUAUUAGAAAUUUAGUAUGGUACACAAUUAGGUUUUUCUGCUUCUUGCAACUGAUUUUAAAUUUCCCCUAAAUGGGACAUGUUAAUAAAGUUAUUGCAUUGGAUUGUAUAGGUUCAUCUGGCCAGGACCUGAAUUACCAAUCGAAAAGAUACACAGUCAUUAACGAAGUCAAAGUUUCAAGUGGUAAGUGAAUGGCCUGUUCCUUUAAACACUACAAUAACGAGAUGGCCGGCCUCUAAAAUAAUUUUUUCCGUCCUGUGGGCCUCAAUUUGGCCAACCCAAAUAAGAUUGAGCCAAAAGCCAUAAUGGGUUCUUGAUUGAGCUCCCCCGGGGGGCCCUCCUCGAUCUAGCUUUCCACUAAUGGUCUUUUAGCCUUUGUCUUUCUUUCUCGAAGUUAAAUGUAAGUUACCUUCAAUGAGACUUUUACAUUUCUGUCAUCUUUGCCAGUAAUACUUUAAAUAUGGCUCAUGUUGUUCCCUUUCAGAUGUUGAUAUCGAUCAUGUACAAGGUAAGUGAAACAAUAAUUUGAUGUCCCAAAUUUAUUCCAUGUACGCGCUUACGAUGUGCUUACAACUGAGCUUACGAAACAAAUCGUUAUUAUCAUUGCUUAGUAUCAGUGGCAGUUGUAAGUUUGCUGCCGUGACGGUUGUCGAGUGGUAUUCUGAUCUGGAAAAUAAUUCACCAAGUCCAUUUCAUUGUCGUGUUUGAUACUAGUUAGUUAGUUGUUAGUUCACGAAGGAAAAUAACAAAAAUUUCACUGUGAAGACCUGUGAAGAAUUUCGAAUUCGACUAUCAUGAUCUCGCGGUCUCUUUAGUUGUCUCUUGUUCUAGGAUAUUCACGAACUAGGGGCCUUUUUUAUCUUUUAAAAUUAGCGGUUACGUUGAAACAUUGAAAAGCAACAACAACACAACAACAGAAAUAACAGGAAAACGUAAAAUCAUAUUUUGCGUCCAAAAAACCACGUACAUAGAUCGAAUUUAUAUUAACUUACAAGUUGACGUAAAUAACGCUGUGUAUAGUUCUUAAAGUGAUAAGUGAUUGCAACUUGUUGGAUAAAUCGUCCAGAUAUAAAUCCGGUGUUCAGGGGAAUGUUGGCCCCAGUCUUCUUCAUUUGACUUCAAAAUUCGUCUGAACACUGAAUUUAUAUCUCUGUCUUACGGAGAUAAUUUGUUUCUAGUAUAAAUUCGGCCACUGUAUGAGGUGCGUAAAAAGUUACAAGAUUGUUCCAAAUUCGUACAAACUAAGCACGGAAAAAGUCAUGAGCGCGCAACAAAAAUGAGGAGAAAACUGAUCAGGUGCAAGCCAGCAUGCCAUGCACGUGGCGUCAAGCUCUUAAAAUUCCGAGCUAGGUUAGCUUUACAUGUUUUUGUGACCACGACCAUGUGCUCAUAUACGAUUUUAUAAUGACCCUCAGACUGGAGAAGAACACAAACACCAAAUUCUGCGUUAAACUUAACAAAUCGGGAACGGAGACUUUUGAAAUGCUAGGCCUACGGAUACGAACCAACCCGGUGAGGUGUUCCGAGUGGUACUCACACUUCUUGAGUAGAGGAACAUCAUUAGAGGAUGACGAGAGUUCAGGGCGACCAUCAACGACAAUAACCACUGAAAAUGUCUAAGAAAUUGCUAGAAUUUUGCGUCACCAUCAAAGAAGUUGCUGAUAUUGUUAACGUGUCAAAUGGAUUAGUUCAGGCCCUCCACAUAAUCACGUCCACUUUGAGCAUGCAUUGCGUCUCUAACCAAUUCUCGCCCAGGCUCUCAUCGCCGAGCAGAGGCGGCACCGUGUUGAAAUCUGCGUAGACUUUAACAGGCUCAAGGUGAUCCAACCUUUAUGUCCAGGAUGAUCACUGGCAGUCUACAGGCGGCUCUAACCUAGAAACAUAACUCAGACCCUACCAUCUCCAAGACCAAACUGGAGAAGGCAGGGCAGGUCAGGAGCUCGAACAAAACAACGCUCGUCACUUUUUGUGACUUCACGAGGUUGUAAACCGCAAAAUCGACCCUUAAGGACGCACUAUCUGAUUGAUGCCGAAUUUUAGUUUCCCUUCUGUGGCGUCUGAGAGAGGACAUUCGACGCCAACAACCUGAAUUGUGGCGCGUGGGAAUUGGAUUCUUUAACGUAACAACGCCUCUGCUCACAGUGUGUUGAAAAUGCGGGGUUUACUGUGCCACAAAAACACGAUCGUUGCUCCACAACACUCCCCCCCCCCUCCCUCCCAACUAUCCCUAGAAGUGACUCCCUGCGACUUCUUCCUC